AUGCGGGCGUCAUGGUGGAUCGGCGUCUGGGCCACUCUCAUACCCACGGUCGUCUUAUCGGUAGAAACAGAGCCCUUCUCGUCCCCAGAACAAGGAAAAUCCAACAAGAGAGCCCUCGAGGUCCUACGACUGCUGAGACGAGACGACGACAAUUGCCCCAGCGGCUACAACCCCUGCUCAAAUUUGGGCAACUCGGAUGCCUGCUGUAAGAGCGGGUCACGCUGCACAACAGACGCCGCGGACAACAUCGCUUGCUGUCGGACUGGCGCAAGCUGCACGGGCAGUCUUACUGGAACGUCUACUGGUACUGAUACGGAUAGUAUUUUCGUCUCCCCGCAUACUACAUCUGCCACUACGACAGGCUUGACUGCUACGAUAACCGAUGCAACCAUUGACGGGGCAUAUCCGUUUGUCUACAUACCUACGACCAUCGGGAAUGCAGAGAGUUGCUCUUCAUACUACUCCCAGUGCCAGUCAGAGUAUACCCAGUGCACAGGGAACUUGAUGGGUCGUUACGGGGUCACGGUUGGCGGAAAUGGCGGAGGAGUAACAGUGGAGGCAAUCACUGGAGCUGCACAAGCGACCUCGAUCUGUUCCAGUCUGAGCUCGAAGGCCUGCCAUGGUCUUCAGAUACAAAACUGCGCGACGGCAGCGACGGGUACUGGACGUGAUACCAGUGGGAACGCAGCCAAUCCACGCCGGGCAUCUAGUUUGCACGACCUGGCGAUUGGCUUUGCUGUUGGAAUUGCGGGAAUGUUUGUUUAA